UUGUAACUUUUUUAGUUUUGCCAAUUUAUGCCUUAAUAGCUAUUAUUUUUGCAUAAAAGUAUCCCAUUUCAGGAUUUUUCAGUGAAUAAAUGGAAUUCUUCGGAUAUACAAUGUGUGGUCCACAAAAUUAUAUGAAAGAUAUAUUGAAAAAAGACUAUUUUGAACCAAUGACGGAAACAGAAGUUAAGGAGUUAUUCAUGAAAAAUUUAAUGAUACAUAGCGAUAAAGAUAAUUCUCGCGGAUUGAAUGGUUUUGCGUACGGUUCAUUUGAACGAUUUUUGGACAUGAAAAAAAAGGGUAUGGUCAAACCAUUUGGUCCUUGUGAUAUGUACAGAUUUCCUCCUACGUCUUGCCAUGAGUUUGGAUGGUGGCAUUAUGACACAGUACUAACUGGGGAAAAUUGGUAUCAGGUAGUACCAAGGUAUCCACAGCCUGUUUCUCCGAAUUCAUUAAUUCUUGACAAAGUUCGGAAAAACAAUAAAUACGCAACACUGUUUUAG